UCCUGCUCCACCUUAGUACACUCCUCGAUUACGAAAAUGUCGAAGGUCCUGCUCUUCAACUCCCCGCAUUUCACCUCCAUCCACCGCCGAACUCUGUCAUCCUUACUCACCCUCUCCAGCCCCCAUCUCACCCUCUCCCCUCUACCUUUUCAUCGACUGUCCUCUCUCUUCCUCUCAUCGCCUCCCUCUCCUCUUCCCUCCUUUCACCGCCGGACCUUCUCCGUCCGCGCCUUCGAUUCAUCCGACGAAGAAACCAAAGGAAAAGAAGUAGGGCCCGAGGUGAAUAAGGUUGAUGAUGGCGGCGAGACUUUCGCAGGUCCGCGCGAGGACUACCCGACCGGUGAGUUUCAGUUCGAGGAGUUUAGCUGGUGGAGGAAGUUCACCGUGAAGCUUAAGUUGCUCAUUGCGUUCCCUUGGGAGCGCGUUCGCAAGGGCACCGUCUUGACCAUGAAGUUGCGCGGCCAGAUAUCCGAUCAGCUGAAGAGCCGUUUCUCUUCGGGACUUUCUCUACCUCAAAUUUGUGAGAACAUUGUAAAGGCAACAUAUGAUCCUCGUAUUUCUGGUAUCUAUCUCCAUGUAGAAACCUUGAGUUGUGGCUGGGGUAAAGUUGAAGAAAUCCGAAGGCAUAUCUUGGAUUUCAAGAAAUCAGGUAAAUUCAUUGUGGCUUAUGCCCCUGCAUGCCGUGAGAAAGAAUAUUACCUUGCCAGUGCAUGUGAAGAAAUAUAUGCCCCUCCAAGUGCUUAUUUUUCUUUGUUAGGUUUGACUGUUCAAGCAUCAUUCCUAAGAGGUGUCUUGGACAAAAUUGGAAUUGAGCCACAAGUGGUAAGGAUUGGCAAAUACAAGAGUGCUGGGGAUCAACUUACACGCACUACAAUGUCUGAAGAAAAUUGUGAGAUGCUGACUGCAUUGCUAAACAACAUCUAUGGGGAUUGGCUGGAUAAAGUUUCUUCUGCACAAGGGAAGACAAGGGAAGAUCUUGAGAACUUCAUCAAUGAAGGCGUUUUCCAAGUUGAAAGGCUGAAAGAAGAGGGUUGGAUAACAAAAAUAUUCUAUGAUGACGAGGUUAUUUCAAUGUUGAGUGAGAGACUAGGAAUGCAGAAAGAUAAAAAUCUUCCUAUGGUUGAUUACAGAAAAUACUCUCGAGUUAGAAAAUGGACUCUUGGUUUAUCAGGAGGUAAAGACCAAAUAGCUUUGAUCAGAGCUUCAGGGAGCAUUAGUCGUGUACGAAGUCCACUAAGUGCCCCUAGUUCGGGUAUUACUGCAGAGCAGUUCAUUGAGAAGAUUCGUAGUGUCAGAGAGUCAAAAAGAUAUAAGGCCGCAAUCAUCAGAAUUGACAGCCCUGGAGGGGAUGCUCUUGCUUCUGAUUUAAUGUGGAGGGAAAUCAGACUUUUGGCUGAAUCAAAACCUGUCGUUGCAUCAAUGUCUGAUGUGGCAGCUAGUGGAGGAUACUAUAUGGCGAUGGCAGCAGGAACUAUUGUUGCAGAAAAUCUAACCUUGACUGGUUCUAUCGGAGUUGUGACAGGGAAGUUUAACCUGGGAAAUCUGUAUGAAAAGAUUGGCUUCAACAAGGAAAUCAUAUCAAGGGGAAGAUAUGCUGAGCUCCUUGCAGCUGAAAACAGGCCUUUCAGACCGGAUGAAGCAGAACUCUUUGCCAAGUCUGCACAGAAUGCAUAUAAGCAAUUUCGGGACAAGGCAGCCUUCUCCAGAUCAAUGCCUGUGGAAAAGAUGGAAGAGUUUGCACAAGGAAGGGUUUGGACGGGUAAGGAUGCAGCUUCCAGAGGCUUGAUUGAUGCUAUUGGUGGACUUUCUCGUGCUAUUGCUAUAGCAAAACUGAAGGCUAAUAUACCUCAAGACAGACGGGUUACUGUAGUGGAGCUUUCAAGACCCUCCCCUAGUCUUCCAGAGAUCUUAAGUGGCAUAGGGAAUACUCUUGUUGGAGUUGACAGAACACUGAAAGUACUGCUGGAAGAAUUGACCUUUUCUGAUGGAGUUCAAGCCCGGAUGGAUGGAAUUAUUUUUCAAAGACUGGAGGGAUAUGCUUAUGCCAAUCCCAUCUUCACUUUGCUCAAGGAUUACCUGAGUUCCCUCUAAACUCAUGUCAUCUUCUUCUGCCUCAAAAUCUAUUUAAAGUUAUGAUGAUUUUGGCGCGGAGAGGAUCGUUUACAUGGUCUGGAAAUAUGAAGGUGAAAUGAAAGUAAACAUGGUAAGAUUUAUUUUUCUUUCCUUUCGUUUCCCAUUGUCUUGGCAAUGCUAUUUUAUGUACAUAUUCAGGCAUAUAUUGCAUUAUAAACAUUCAGGCAAUACAAAGUUGUAUGCAUUGAUAGGCUUUCACUCAACCGGAAUAUUGAUGUAAAUGAUUCAUCACAUUAAGCAACCACAUGUUUCAAAGUUAAAAUAAUUUUUUAUGA